AUGUCGAUUCAAUUAUAUUCUUCGUUCGAAGAUAACGACAGUGCUAUAAUUAAUGAAUUAUGCAAAUGUAAUCCAGAUUUAGAGAAGAAGCUAAAAAUUCUUAUGUUAGAAGUUGAAGUGAUGAGACAAGAUGGUCGACAAGCUCCAAGCAAUUUACAAAAAACGCAUUGGGAACACUUAAUGUCACUUUCAAGUAGAAACCAACGAUCAAGUUAUUUGUUUUAUUUGUGGAAGACAGAAAAAGCUAAAGAAAAUGAAAAAGCAAGAAAAGUGGCUAAGAGACAAGAAUAUGAAGCAUCAAAAGAUCAGGAAGUAAUCAAAGAAUAUCCUGAUGAUCUUUUAUAUGGAAUUAAGCACCAAUCUUUAUUUUUGCGUAUUCGUGACCAAUCAAUCAACAACUUUGAUAACUAUAGGGCAAUAAAUUCAUUGAUCCAUGGACAGCCAGUUGUCAUAGACUGUUCUUAUGAGGAACAUAUGGAUGUAUGGUUGAUAAGA